AACACAGCACUAUGUCGACAGCGACCUUCCUGGCGGUUACAACACCACUCAGAUCACCGUCUUAGCACAGUCGGUGGCCGAUAAAUAUCCACAGGACAAGACCACGUGGAAUCUCACGGGAACAAAUGAUGCGUAUUUCGAAACCGAUGGGGGAGUGAACGUGUCGAGGCUGGUCGUAUGGAUUCCCUACCCGGCUGCGCCUGCGAAAGUGAUAUCAUCUCGGUUGUCACUGGUGGCGUAUAAGCAGGUGUGUAAGAAUCUGCACCGCCUUCAUGCCUUGGAGUCUCGGGCCCUAGCCGAGGGACUGAACAUCGAAGCAUACCUGCAAAAGAUCGAGGAAUACCGGGCGACUUCUGAACUGGAGGACUACUACUUUGAACACAGCGAGCCCUCUACGCUUGUGGUGAAUUUUGUGAUGGUGGGGUGGGCCUUUAUGCAGUCUAUGCUGGGCAACCCAAAGGUCAAUCAGCCAGACAUAGCACUAGUCGGUACCACACAGGUGGCCUACUUCCACAGCAGGAACACCAUUAUCUCUUUAGAUCAAUACCUCCAGAAAGAGAUGCAGGAAACGGCUGUGAACGUCCUGGACGACAUCCCCGUCACAUAUUACAGUGACUACAACCAGGAGGGUCAAUGGUUUGUACUGCCCUUUAUCAGUGACACACGCCAAUUGCUUUACAACAGGACCACCCUCAACGACCUGGGCCUAAAACAUCCCCCGCCGGUGAACGAUACAUGGGAGGUCGAUGGUUGGGAUUGGCCUACGUUUGUCGCCUACGCGAAGAACAUAACCGACAGCGGGAAAGGUUACGGUUUUACUUUUGUGCCCGAAUACGACGAGGAAAGUAAAAUCAUCACAAUGAUGUGUCGAGAUUCCGGCGGUCUCACUUUCCUGUCCAAUCAAACCAAUCCAGGCCAAGAAUACUCCUCAGGGAUAUCUCAGCUGGCCUAUAGAUUGGGCUUGAAUAAAACCAUGUACAGGAUGUUCGAAGACGGUAGCCUGGACCCCAAUCACUAUCCGACUGACAGUGCCCAGCUAAGAGAUUGGGUCGAAGCAUACCCCAACGUAUCGCUCACUGUCGCACCCUUUGAUGAGUACUACCUGCCAGUGGACACACCUUUUUCUG